UUCCGACGAACGUGUCCUGCGACGUCUGAGCUGCGCCUUCAUUACCGUUUGUUGCUGCGCGCAAGCCUGCUGCUUCUUCCCCUGUCGUCGUGGUCGUUGGAAGAGUAAGCACCAAAGAGUAUGGAGGAGGAGGACGGGAAGAAGGUCUCGGGGUGUGGCCUUCUCGUCCUUUACAACAACAUCUUCCGCCGCGGGACCGCGAGCUCGAGCCCCGGGCACCCCACCUCGGCCGCCGAGAGCCCCAAGCUGACGGCGUCCGACUCCAAGCGCCGACGCGCCGCGUCCGACGAGGCCUCCCUCCUGGUGCCCGCGAACGCGUCCCAUUUGCCCGUCGCGCCGGCUCCGCAGAAUCCCAAGGCGGUCGCCCCGGGCUACCUCAAGGCCUCCGGAAGGCCGGCUGGCGCGCCCGCGGGCAACGCGGGCCGCGCGCGCAAUCUCGGCCUUGCGGGCGAGCUCGACAGCAUGAUUAACGAUCACCAGCGCUCCAUGGGCAGCAGCACCCUCGUCCGCGCGUCCUCCGGCAACGUCAUGGUCUUCAGCAACCUUGGCAACAUCCGGGCGCCCGGCGCCGUCACCCCCAACCGGAACGUGCUCGAUUUCCUGCCCAAGACCGCAAGCGAGAAAGGGGGGAUCCCCGACGGCAACCAAGGGCCCAGGUACACCAAUGGCCCCGCAGGCCACGCCCCGAACAGCAGCGCCGUGGAGGUCGCGGCGCCCGAGGGGCUGUGCCGGGCUCUGUCAAAGAGACUGGAGCCGGAGGAGCUGAAGGAGAUGGGCAACGAGGAGUACAAGAAGGGGAGAUACGCCGAGGCCGUCGCGCUCUACGAUCGCGCCAUUCUUAUCGAUCCGGGCAAAGCAUCGUACUGGAGCAACAAGGCUGCUGCCCUCAUGGCCAUGGGCCACCUUCUCGAGGCCGUCAGUGAUUGCAGAGAAGCAGUACGCAUCGAUCCUUCUUAUGACAGGGCGCAUCGGCGAUUAGCUACAUUGUAUCUCAGGUUGGGAGAAGCUGAGAAGGCAAUCCACCAUUUCAAGCUAGCACGAAAUGAGACGACCUCUGAGGACAUUGCGCAAGUACAUCGCCUCCAAAACCAUCUCUCCAAGUGCAACGAAGCCCGCAAGCUACGGGACUGGCACUCGGUGCUGAAAGAAGCUCGUUCUGCUGUCUCUUCCGGUGCCGAUUCAUCUCCCCAGAUCGUGGCUGCUCAUGUAGAGGCCCUCCUGGCGCUCGGCAGGCAGGAGGAGGCAGAAACGACAUUGAAUUGCGCCCCAAAGUUCAACAUCGAUGCGUCUACAAAGUUCUUUGGGGCUUCCAGAAGUGCACAUCUGCUCUCAGUCAGAGCACAGAUUCACUUGGCUACAGGAAGGUUUGAGGAUGCUGUUGCCGUAGCUCAGAAGGCUGCUCAGAUCGAGCCGAGCAGCAGAGAGGUCGGUGCGGUGGCCCGGAAGACUCGAGCUGUGGCCUCAGCUCGUUUGACGGGGAAUGAUCUCUUCAAGGCUUCCAAGUUCAGGGAGGCUUGUGUGGCGUACGGGGAAGGCCUCCACCAUGACCCCCAAAACGCGAUUCUUCUCUGCAAUCGGGCGGCGUGCCGGUCGAAGCUUGGGCAGUGGGAGAAGGCCAUCGAAGACUGUAAUGCUGCUUUGAACAUGCGUCCUUCCUACACCAAAGCUCGUCUCAGAAGAGCCGACUGUAAUGCAAAGUUGGAGCGGUGGGAGGCAUCAGUGCAAGACUACGAAGCACUGAUCGACCAGCUUCCGGGCGACGAGGAGGUGGGCAAGGCCUUGAGUGAGGCUCGACAGCAGCUCAAGAAACAGAGAGGUGAAGGCAGUAUGGACACCAAGGUUGGUGCCAACUUCGUCCGUGUCACUAACAAAGAUCAACUCAAGCAGUUCAUCAUGGCACCAGGGAUCACUGUUGCAUUAGUCUUCAACAAAUCUAGUGAACUUCCAAGCCAAACAAUUCCUUUCAUGGAGAAAAUGUCCAAGCAACAUCCCACUGUUAAUUUCCUCGCGAUGGAUCUCAGCCAAAGCCCGUCGUUGGAGGAGAUCGGUAGCUAUGGGCCGGUGGCGUUCAAGGUGUACAAGAACGGCUCCACGGUGAAGGACAUCGAUGGGCUCGACCACGAGCAGCUGGAGAGCUCGCUCAGAGCACUCAGCAAAUGAGGAAGUCAGCCGACCAAAUCAGAGCAGAAGUGUAAAGAUAGCGAAGCUGUACAGUGUCUGAA